UGUGGAAGUAGUAGUUAUACCAAAACCACCAAUCUAACUUUAUAACCAAAGAGGUUUGUUAGAAAGAACAGUUAGAAACUCCUCUGGUCUCUCCUCUUCUUCUCCGAUCAUGCUAACUAGAGUCAUCUUCCUCACCGCAGUCGCCACUUCUAUUCUCGUCGUCCUUCUACUCGCUUUACUCUCACCUGUUCCUGAUUACGACCCGCCGGGAUCACUCUUCUCCUUCUCCCUCUACGUUCAGCAAACGCAUAUACCAUCCUCCACCUAUUCGUCUCGUCGGCCCAGUCAACGCAUAGCCCGUCCCCGCGGACGAGGAGGAGGAGGAGCAUUGAUUUUCCGGCGUACACUAACGGAAGGACCAGAAAACAAUUCUCGGAUAGUAGGCAAAGCCGAGGGAUUCAUAAUCCCGCAUGAAGAUUUUGCUAACUCGGAUUUUAACGUGAUAUACUUGACGUUGGAGACGCCCGAGUACACGGGGAGUGUUAGCAUUAGGAGCAGAGACAUGACACAUAAAUUGGAAGAGGUUAUGGAGGUAGUAGGAGGGACAGGAGCUUUCGCGUUUGCUCGUGGAAUUGCCAUGUUUGCUGAGGUUGAUGAUCAUGAGGAAGAAUCUGUAACCACUUAUCGUGUUAAGCUUCUGCUUAGAUUUCCACAUACUUCUCACCUAGAUCCACAAUGAUGGACAAUUUUCUAUUACAAUAUCUGUGUAUAAAUAAAGUUAUUUACAUAUUCACUACAUAUGUUCAAAGAACUCUAAUUAGCAAUAAUCAAUUUUGGUUUCUUUUUGCGAAUAACUUCAGCUAGCAAAUCGUAUUCAACGACUAAAUAUUAUGGCCAUUCAUGAAGAAGCAUCAAGGGUAUUAGUCUAGCCAACUAUGCAUAGUCUCAUCAAUGACAUAAGCAUAAGGAGUUGUUCAAUGUUUGAAGUAAGGAUAAAGAGGUCAUCAGGCCACGUAAGAAUAACGAGCCCAAGCUUUCCCAACCUGU